AUGUCCACAACAUGUACAAUUUGCAACACCCGAUUCCAACGUGCAGAGCAUCUUGAGCGACAUAUGCUACGUCAUCUCGGCCUGCGGCCUUACCAAUGUGCGAUCUGCCAUGCCCAAUUCUCAAGGAGAGAUUCUCUCAAGCGCCACGCCUUGAACCAUUUAGAUGCCUCCACAGGUUCAGACGCGCCAGCUGACCCUCCCCCCCGCCGGGGGCGAUAUGCCCUUCGGGCUUGCAGUUCUUGCCGACGUUCCAAGCAGAAGUGCGACGGAAAAUUCCCUUGCCGCCGGUGCACAGCCAAGAAACAAGCAUGUGUUUAUCUGCCCAACGAGAGGCAUCAGAAUACUCUCAUUGGUGACACCUCCCCGCACCCUGUUCCAGGCUUGGAGUCUGUAGACCAAGAGCAUCCAGUGGUGAACGCCGACGUGGAGCUCCUUUCGAGCGAUCAACAACGUAUCGAGGCAAUUGAGUCGGGUCUUGAACCGAUCCCCCUGCCACCUGACUGGAACCUAGAGGCAUGUCUUACUAGCGACUCCGUGUUCCAGGAGAAAUAUCACAGCACAUUGCAAGAUAUCUCGUUCGUAAACGUUCCAUGGCAAUUUGAUAUUAGAGUCGGGGAAGUCGGAGUAUCCGAAUGUUCAGAUAGAAAUGAUACAUCUUGGGAUAACCUUCUCAUCCCGAACCCUUGUCCAACGAAUCCUAUUCCUCAGACCGACUUGCCCCAGUUCCCUGAACAUGCAGUUUCAGAGAGUGGCGUGCGGGAAGAAGUUUCGACGACCUGCGAAUCAGGCGCGUCUAACGAGCCCUCAACCAACUGCCCAUCUGCUCUGGAGCAUCAAUUGGCACGGACAGCAGAGAAUGAUAUUUGUGACGCCGAGAAUUUUGGGCAUGUACCCCAGAUCUCGAACGAUGUCUACAAAAUCAUCCGCACCAAGUUCGAGGAUCUAAAUGGCGACAGCAGUACAAGCCAGCCAUUUACACAGACCGAGUUCCCUUCGUCAACUGUGUUGAACGCCUUUAUCCAGUCGUAUUUCGAAUAUUUUCAUCCUGGCUUCCCUAUGCUACAUAAGCCGUCAUUCGAUCCAGGUUUCAAUGAGUCAAGUUGGCUUCUGGUUCUCGCUGUUGCAACCAUUGGCUGUCGUUUUUCUCUUGCUUCGUCGCCACAAAUUCUAUUCCUACUACAAGAAACACUUCGAAGGUCAAUUAUUCGAAUUCUUCAUGUUGAUUACGAUUCAUGUGUGGUUCACAACCUACCGUUAGCUCAAGCCGCUAUCCUGAGUCAAGUAGGGAUGAUGUUUUCGAGACAUCAGAGGUUUACCGAUUAUGCUGAGAGCACUGCCUGUCUCAUUGCCACCAUGUGUAGAAAAGCAAAUUCCCACUCAGACUUUGAGCCUGGCCACAGCGGCGAAACGAGUUCAUUAGAAAAAGAAGUUGCCGGGAAUAGCAUCUUCAACAAGGGCUGGAAAGCCUGGGUCGCGGAGGAAAGCACAAGCAGGAUGGUGUACUGUUGCCUCCUUCUGGACUUCCAGUUUAGCGCCCUUUUCGAUUUGCCCGCUCUUAUUGACAUUGACUCUAUCCACUUGCCAAUGCCAUGCUCCGAGAAUCUGUGGAAUGCCGACACCGAAGAGUUGUGGUAUAGUAAUAUGACACAAGAAACAAGGGAGACCCCCCCAACAACUAUACGACAAAGCCUGCAGUAUUUAUAUGAUAAUAAGACAACCUCCCCAGGCUUAGGUCGAUUCGGUGCCCUGAUAUUAACAUUUGCAAUCUACCGCGACGAAAUGGAUUCAGAGGCAAAGUACAAUUAUCUGAGCAUGGUACGGCCCGAUGAGGCUCACAUGCAGUCCAAAGAAUCCCUUGACCAGCUAAUAUUCCAGCAUAACCAUACACUCAGCCUUUUUACAAAAUUGCCUCCUAGGCAACUCUUUGCCUUCUCCGGUUGGCGUACGACAGUUGCCCAACAGAAGAAGGCGGAGAACCAUAUUCGUGAUUGGCUCAGCGAAGAUAUGGUAGGCAGUAGACUCUGCCUUGUUCACGCUGCAAAGGUAUAUAGUUCCGUCCGCAGCACUCGGACGUAUGGACAUCACGAGGCCAUGGCCAUUCUGCUGUCAACAAUAGCCAUUUGGAGCAUAUCGUCAAUUCAUAGGGUAGUGAGCUCUUCCAGUUCCGCCGAAUCUGCUCCUAAUUACCACGCGGCCUGUGCCCAGGAUUCAGCAGAAGGACUGGCUAACAAGAGGACGAUUCGACUUGACAAGACCCUCGACGGAUCACUACUAGCAGCUUGGAUCGCUGGUCAGGUUGAUUUCAGGCCAUAUCUCGCAGGCAUCGGGACACUCGACGAUCAGGGUACAGUGAGAAGGCUCAUUCGUGACAGCCUUCAACAAUUGAUGUAUUCGGUGACCUGGUGUCUCGGGCAGGCUGUCGCAGAGGUUCUUAAGACUCAUUAUCGAACUAAGACGGGGGAUCUAGGUAUCUCGCAGCUGUGA